AUGUUGAUCCUAGUGUCGCUGCUGAAGAGUUUUGCGGUUGGGAAAACUCUAGUUCCCAAUGUGAACAGCAAAACACCAGGUUGCUUGGAACCGGAUGAAGAGGGAUUCCCUCAAAGCAUCAAGAUCAAUAUAAGCAUCAUCCACACAAACCAGACUAAAAAUGUAAUGCCUGAUGCCAGCAAACGAUCAACCUCUCCAUGGGACUACAGCAUUACCGAAGAUCCCAACAGGUUCCCCUCCAGGAUCGCUGAGGCCACGUGCCGCCAUACCGGCUGCAUGGAUGCCACCGGAAAGGAGAACUACAGCGUGAGCUCUGUCCCCAUUCGACAGGAGAUCCUGGUGAUCCGACGCAAGUACAGGGGCUGUGAGCAAACCUAUCAGCUGGAGAAACAAUGGGUCACCGUUGGCUGUACGUGUGCCAGACCGCAGUUGAUCACUUCUGCAUGA